CAACUACUGCAAAAAUGUAUUAUAAGUGUUAAUUUACCAUUUAGAAUAAUUGAAAAUCCCAUUUUAAAAGAAAAUAAUUGAACGAGCUUUCCCCAACAGAAAAUUUAUGCCUCGGCCUCCUUUAAUGAAAAGUAUUGAGAAUGACUUUCACAAUUUAUCCUUCAAAAUAAAAUCUGAGAUGUUUAAAUGUGACUAUAUUGCUACGACUGCAGUUGGUUGGUCGAUUUUUAAAAAAUCGGAAUAACUGUCUUUUAAAAACAGUCCAGAAUCACUUUGUGGAACAAACAAGGGGAUGCUCGACCAAGUCAGCUGAUUUAAUCAAACAAAAUCUGGGCAUUUAUUUAACAACACCCAAUGAGACAUUUUGGAACUUAUUAUAAGAUGCAGUGGUGUUGCUUAAUUUAAUAGAUGUGACAUUGAAUUUUUAAGUCAAUGUCAAAAAAUAAUGGUACUAAUUUCAAUAAGUCUAGAUUUAUUAUAAGAUGAUACUAACUUAUAUUCUGGUAAUGUCAUACCUACUAUUGAAUAGUUAAUUUAUAAAUAUGGAUCAAUGACACAUAAUCACACAAUUCCUAAUUAUAUGCAAGGUCUGGUAUAUUAAAUGCUUUAGUAAAUGGUAAAAUCCGAUGACCAAAUUCUGCAGAUAAAUCAGGACUUAUUAAAUUGUUUCAAUAAAUGUGGUUUGGUAAAUAAUGACAUUAUACAGAUUGAUGUUGAAAAUAAAUUUACUCUUAACUUUGAAAAUAAAUUAUUAGACUGGAAUACAUUGAUUCAAAAGAAAGAUGAAAACAAUAAAUUAAACAUUGUAGAAGCUAUGACCAAAUAUGUUUGUUCUACAUUUAAAGGCACUAGUUAUUAUUAUGCCACAGAUGAUGGUUAUAAAAAUUGCUUAGAAAAUGCACAUACGUGUUGUAAUACAUAUGUUCAAGAAGUUUCCGUUUUAAAUAUUACAGCGGAAUUGAAUGAAAUGGUUAUAAAACAUCCAUGUGAAUAUUUGGUUAACGAAAAGAGUGAGGAAAAAAAAGGUUUACCAACAAUAUUUGAAGAUGAUAGCACGAUUAUUAACACCAAAUGCCAAAAGGUAAAAGAUGUUAAAUAAUUGUAUUGUUCAUAGAUGUGCACACCAUCAGGAUGAAUGUUUACAUUUGAGUUUUAAAAAUAUUAAUGGAAAACUACAGAUUUCCUUUAUUUGUAAUUAAAAAACAGUAAAUAAUAAAAAAAAAUGUUGUUUACAAUA